UCUCACCGGACAAAACUAGUCAGGGACAAAUGGAUUAUCAGAAUCGCGCAGGUUCCAAAUUCGGCGGAGGAGGUGUCGCAUCCUCGUCUGCAACUAACGCAGACCGCCGCGAACGUCUCCGUAAACUUGCGCUCGAAACGAUUGAUCUCGAUAAAGAUCCAUACUUUUUCAAGAACCACGUCGGAAGCUUCGAAUGCCGUCUUUGUCUCACUGUGCAUCAGAACGAUGGCUCGUACCUCGCGCACACUCAAGGUAGAAAGCAUCAAACCAACCUUGCAAGACGUGCUGCAAAAGAACAACGGGAGGGCAAGAAAGAUGAUGCUGGCCAGCAAGGGUUGCUGGCGGGUGUGCAGGUAAAGAAGAACGUGAUCAGGAUCGGCCGGCCAGGCUACCGAAUCACCAAAGUUCGUGAUCCAGCGACACGUCAGAAUGGCAUAUUGUUCCAAUUCCAGUUUCCAGAUAUUGCACCGGGGACUGUACCGCGGGUACGCUUCAUGAGCGCUUACGAACAGAAAGUGGAGGACGCCGACACAAACUACCAAUAUCUCAUCUUCGCUGGCGAGCCGUAUGAAACGGUUGCCGUCAAGCUGCAGGCUCGGGAGGUCGACAGGAGAGAGGGGAAAUUCUGGACCUGGUUCGACGAUGAUAACAAAGAGUUUUGGUGUCAGAUCCUUUUCAAGACUGAGCGCGAUGAGCGUCUCAGCGCGGUUCCUGGACUAGCCCCUGGUCUCAAAUGA